AAUAAAACUAAAUUCUACUUUUGCUGUCAACUUAGUUAUGUGAAAUUAAAGAUAUGAAGUGCUUAAAGUUUUCAAGCCUAACGUCAUAACGUUAUUGGAAUCUUAGGUGACAAUUAGUUACUAAAGUUUAAUUAAAGGAUUCACCAUCAUGGCGAUUGUAAAAAUAAGUCUAAUUAUUGUAAUUUGCUUUGGCUUUGCAACUGUGGAUAGUACGGUUAUUACAAGUUUUCCCGUGGUUGGAAUUUUCACUGACGAGAAUUUAUUAAGCUCCAGAAAUGCCUUUGAAGUGAUAAAGAAAAGAGCCGAUUCAUAUCACGGAGAAGCUCUCCAUCCCGAAACUAGAGAUAGCUAUUCCAUCUCAAUGGAAGUAUGCCAACAUUCGAUUGAGGUAAAAGGUAUUUCAGCUGUUAUCGACGCUCGACCGACCAAUGGAAUUUGUGACAAUGUGUGUAUGCUCUGCAAUAAAGUUGGAGUACCCCACUUGACUUUAGGAUGGCAAUCAAUAGAAGACAAGGCUAAUUAUCCAUUUACAUUUUCCUAUUAUCCCGAUUCAGAGUUAUUGUCGAAAGCUUAUGCUACACUUAUAAGAGACGUUCUCAAAUGGGAUAAAUUCGCUUUUCUUUAUGAAGAUGAAGGCAGUUUUAUCCGUCUUCAACAAGUGAUUCAUUUAUGGCCAUUUGAGAAAGAGCCUAUAUUGUUCAGGAAACUUAUACCCAAAGGAGACAACAGGGAAACGUUUAAAUAUAUUUUCAAAGUAGCAAAAUUUAGUAACCACAUUAUUGACUGCAAGGUAGAAAAUAUUGUCGGUUAUAUGAACGAAGUUGUGCAGAUUGAAAAUUCGACACAAUAUUCAAGCUUCAUAUUUACAUCGUUGGAAGCAUACACGUUGGAUUUUAGACAAAUGCCCAAUAAUCUUAGAGCGAAUUUAUCAACAUUCAGCAUUAUGUCACAAGAGGAGAAAAUAACAUGGAGCGACUAUGGCGUAGACGCUGCAGAUGGUGAAAAGAUGGAAACAGCUUUGGCUGCUGAUGCGCUAAUUCAUAUAGAAAAAGCGAUCAGGAGUAUACCGGUCAACCACUCAGAAGACUUGGAAGGUGGAUUACCGCCUAAUAUUUGCAGACAGCCUGAUGACGUAUAUGAGACCUGGGAAAUUGGCAAACAAUUUCAAGAAACCCUUUUGACGACUUCAGCAAAAGGGUUUACCGGCGAUAUUCAAUUUGAUGCCGAAGGCAAGAGAACGAAUUUGAAAUUGUAUUACUUCAAACGUACUAUUAGCGGACAAUUCACAUAUAGUGGUUACUGGGAGUCUUACAAAGAUAACAUCACGCUGGAUGACAGUGUACCAAAACCCGUCAUUCCCACGUCUACUACAGGAGUGCAAAUUAUAAAGAUUGGAUCUAAAAACCAAUUACCAUAUCUCGAAAGAAAAACUGAUGAAAGUGGAACGGUAGAUCGUGGCUAUGCAGUAGACCUUAUUAACGCUAUUUUUGAAAAUAUACACAAAGAACAAGGCAUUGAACUGAAAGCAGAAUUUGUUGUUUAUGAAGCGAUCGGCGAUCGCAUCGAGGGAACAAAACGAUGGAGCCAUAUUAUGGGAGCGUUGAUUGAUCAUCAAAUUGAAAUGGCAAUUUGUGAUCUAGGCAUUACAUCAGAUCGCCUCAGUGUCGUGGACUUUUCAACGCCGUUCAUGACUACUGGAAUUGGUAUGCUUUUCAAAGAGCGAGAACAAGAAGAGCCGAAUAAAUUUUCUUUUUUGGAGCCAUUGUCUUUAGAAGUAUGGUUGUACAUGGGUACUACGUACAUUGUUGUAUCCUUUAUUUUGUUUAUCUGUGCAAGAAUGAGUCAAGAUGAUUGGGUUAAUCCUCAUCCGUGUAACCAAAACCCCGAACAUUUGGAAAAUAUUUGGAGCUUGUACAACUGCACAUGGCUUACCAUGGGUGCUAUUAUGACCCAAGGUUGUGAUAUUUUGCCGAGAGGAUUUGGGUCUCGCUGGAUAGCAGGCAUGUGGUGGUUUUUUUCUCUCAUCGUAACUUCAUCGUACACGGCUAAUAUGUCCGCUUUCCUCAGUAAUAAUCGUCGUAGCAAUGAUAUCCGCGAUGCUAAGAUGCUUGCCGAACAAAAUAAAGUCAGCUAUGGUGCUGCACGCAACUCUUCUACUUAUAAGUUUUUUCAGAAUUCCAACGAUACGCUAUAUCAAAAGCUUUGGACUACCAUGAUAUCGACAAGGCCGUCAGUAUUUACUAAGAACAAUGACGAGGGUAAAGACCGCGUACUCAGAAGCAAAGGGAAUUAUGCCUUUUUCAUGGAAUCUACCGCGAUUAGAUAUUAUGCUGAACGAGAAUGUCAGCUCAAAAUGGUUGGACACCAGCUAGAUGCUAAAGAAUAUGGAAUUGCUAUGCCUAAAAAUUUUCAGUAUAAAGGUCUAGUUGACGUAGCAAUAUUGCAUCUUCAAGAAGCAGGAGACUUAACUACUUUAGAAAAUACAUGGUGGGUGGAAAAUGAUAACGAAGAGCAUUGUAAGGAGAAAAGAGAGCAAUUAAAUAACCAAGGCGGAGACGAUGGGUCACUCCAAAUGGAAAAUAUUAGUGGAAUAUUUUUGGUACUCGGCGCGGGUACGAUUCUGGGACUCAUUGUGGCUAUUAUAGAUUUUAUGAUGCAUGCUCAUGAAAUUUGUGUAAAAGAGAAGGUGUGUAAAAAUUUGUUUCUCAAAAACUGAGCAGCAAAGGCUAUGUAAUAAAAAAACCGACCUCAAAAGUUCGUGGAACUACAUCUAUUUGUCAAGUUUUAUUGAAAUCGGUUACCGGGAAGUGCGCGAAACCGGGUUCAUACCCUAGUUUGCUACCCUUAGA